AAUAAAAUAUUUGAAACAGGCCUCAGGAUGAAUCGGCUUGGGCGCGUAGAGCCUACUCCGCCGGAGUGCGCGCUCGCUGCCGAAAUGUUCGACCAUUUCUGCUCGGCGGGUACCAUGAAACAAAUUUUAGCUCUUCAUAGAGAAAUAUGCAACACACUCAAUCUGAAACCAAACAGGCUUCCUGAUUUUUAUCCAAAAUUAAAGGCCAAACUAUCAAGUUCAUGGAAGGCACAAGCUCUUUUUAAAAAGUUUGAUACACGCGCUAAUCAUAAAGUCUACAGCAAAGGUCGUGCUUGCACUCAAACCAAGGUGCUCAUAAUAGGAGCUGGACCGUGCGGCUUGCGUGCGGCAAUCGAGUGUCAACUUCUUGGUGCCAAAGUGGUUGUGGUCGAAAAACGUGAUAGAAUGUCUAGAAACAAUGUUCUGCAUUUGUGGCCCUUUGUCAUACACGACUUACGAGCUCUGGGCGCUAAGAAAUUCUUUGGGAAGUUUUGUGCUGGAUCCAUAGAUCAUAUCUGUAUCAGGCAGUUACAGUGCAUACUUUUGAAGGUUUCGCUUUUGUUAGGCGUAGAAUUUCAUGAAGGAGUCGGCUUUGAGGAACUGCUGGAGCCUACAGUUACUGAAAACUCUGAAACCCUGGGAUGGCGGGCGAGAGUUAGCCCGAUAGACCACCCUGUAGCGCAAUACGAGUUCGACGUUCUCAUCGGUGCAGACGGCAAGCGAAACACACUUCAGGGCUUCAAACGUAAAGAAUUUCGUGGAAAACUUGCAAUGGCUAUUACAGCAAAUUUUAUCAACCGACACAGUGAACAAGAGGCUUCGGUACCUGAAAUAAGUGGCGUGGCUUUCAUAUUCAACCAGAAAUUUUUCAAAGAUUUAUAUGAGGAAACAGGAAUAGAUCUCGAAAAUAUUGUGUAUUAUAAGGACGAUACCCACUAUUUCGUAAUGACAGCGAAGAAACACAGUCUUUUAGACAAAGGAGUUCUAUUAAAUGACUAUGCGGAGGUGUCUCGCUUGCUUAGCGUCGAGAAUGUAGACCGAGCAGCACUAAUGAGGUAUGCGCAAGAGGCAGCCCGUUUCUCUACAGAUGGACGUUUGCCUUUGCGUGACUUUGCCCUCAAUCAUUACGGAGAACCAGACGUAGCACUGUUUGAUUUUACUUCAAUGUAUGCAGCCGAAAAUGCCAGCAUGGUAUACGAUCGACACGGUAGGCGAUUACUAUGCCAGUUGGUUGGGGAUAGCUUGCUAGAGCCAUUUUGGCCAACGGGAUCCGGAUGUGCGCGUGGCUUCCUCUCCGCUCUUGAUUCCGCGUGGGCUGUCCGCGCAUGGGGACAGACUCCAAAUCCACACCCCCUGGAGGUUAUUGCAGAGCGAGAAUCUAUAUAUAGGCUUUUGGCUCAGACAACGCCAGAGAAUCUUCACCGUGACUUCGGUGCGUACACGCUCGAUCCCGGAACGCGGUAUCCGAACCUCAACCGAACAGCUGUCUCACCGCACCGAGUUACUUCCUUCUACGAUUCUGACGAACCAUUGCCACUCGAUGCUGUGCCAGCUGCUAAGAAGAGGCGUCGAGAACCGGAAAUAUCAGAAGAAACGCUUAUCGCCUGGGUGGGACAUACGGAACCGGGACUAAGAGCAGCCACAGGUCCGGCUGCUUUAUCCGAACUCCUAAAACGAUACCGACCGGAUCUUUUGCCAACGGAAUCGUCACCGAAGGCAGUUUACCAUAUAUUGCAACAAGAGUUUGGUAUCACCCCAGUCGCAGCUAAUGGAUCGACUCGUGAUAUCCCGGAAGCAAAACUGCGCUCGUAUCUUCUUCGAGUGUAUCUCGCUUUUAAGGGUGAAGUGCCUCAUAUUUAUCACAAGACAGACAUGUUCGAUCAGAUUAAAAAAAGUCAGCAGACCGAGAAGAGUAUUCGAAACACAGCAGACCAUUCAAUUUCUGUUUAUUCAAACGCUGCGGAUACUGACAAAUCGCACUCGAGUUACAGAAAAAAGCGACGCUCCGUUCGUCCACAACAAGUAAGUAACGAUCCCGCAGAAUAUAUCAGAAAAAAAAUUGGAAAAUUAGAUCUAAACGAUAUUACACAAUUAGCACGGCUUAUUGAAGGACAUGACACCGUUCCAAACGAUGAACAGCGAGCUGAUAAGCAAAAGGAGUUACAGGAACAAAUAAUAACCUUGUUAGAUCCUGACGAUUCACCUGAUCCGAAAAUUAUACGAGAUUCCUUAGCACAGCUCUUGCAAGGAACUACGAAGACCAAAGUUAAAUCAAAAUAUGUUAAAGAUGAGUCCAAAUUUGCACAUUAUUUCCAAGAGGGCGGCAAGAAUAAUGAAAAGAAACUACUUAAACCGUCUCGUAAAUUAAAAGGUUUGGACGCUGACACGAUCAAAAUUCCUGAUUUCUCGGACAUAUUUCAAGACGAUUCUGCCGAUACUGAUGCUACUUUAGUAGCACCAGUUGAAUAUUCUAAAAAAAAACAAAAAUCGAGAUCUCCUUCAUCUAGUAAUCUUAAUCACAAAGAAGUUGCUAGGGCUUCUUCAACAGAAAUACAUUUAACGCAAACAAGAAGAUUAUCUGAAGUAAUAGAUACGCAAAGAAAAAGGUGUUCACAGAGUCCAGAAAUACCUCUACCGUAUGGUCGUUCAAAUUCUAUAGGUUCUCCAGAAAUGGCAUUUAAUACGAGGCGUAUAGCACAGAUGUUUGAAGGUAAUAAACGACAGACUCAAAGUCCAGAAUCUAUUACAGUUCGUUCAAGAAUAACGGAAAAUCCAGAAAUGGCAUUGCGAUGGCAACGUAUGGCUGAUAUAAUUGAAGGAAAGCGUCGUGACACUCCUAGCCCAGAUCGUUCAAAGCGAUCUGAUUCCAUUGGAAAUCCUGAAUUAGCACUACGUAGACAACGUGUUGCUGACUUAAUUCAAGGUGGCAAUAAGCCAUACCAGGGUCAAGAGAACUUGGCGCAAAGAAGGAACUCUGGAGAAAUUGCAUUCAGGAUGCAAAGAGUUUCAGAAAUGAUGAGGAAGAAAAACGCUGAGGCGAAAAAGCCAAAGAACUAUGGCAAAAGAAAGGCAGCUCGUGAGAUUAUGAAACAGCGUUUUGAAAAGAGUUUACAAAUGCUGGCAGCUGAACCAAGGCUUGAUUUUACUCCUUCCGCGGAUUUAGAAAAUGACUAUGGACUACAGCAGUACCGUGCCAGUGCACCACAGUUUGACGAGCGGGUUAAAAAAUUGGAGAAGAAAUUGCAACAUUAUGAAGAAGGGCGCAUAGUUGGUGGGGGAGCGCGUGCUGCAGGUGGUGGUGCUCGUGUCGCCCGUUUGGCUGCAGAGCUAUCGAAUACCACGUCCUCGUCGGUAGCGCCACGGUCCUCGAAACCAAAAGAUUUGAUGAGAUCAGUAGGAAAAAUCGAACGAGACGACUGGAACGUUAAAGAAAUCGAACGAAAAAUUAUGGAAAAUAGACUCGGCCGGCCCGAGCCUAAAACUGCGGAAAAAGUGCCUAAAUGGGAUAGAGAACAAUUUCUAGGUCGCCAACGUCGGCUCAAGGAAGGCGAAAAUAAUGAAGAAAAGUGGGGAGAAAUCGACGAAACACUCCACAAGCUAGACCAGAAACUGAGAGACUCAGGACGGCCAAUUCAUGGAACUAAGAAGGUAGCGAAGCUAGCCACUAAAUUUGUCAAGAAGGAAGAACCAGAAGCUGGAAAGGCGUCAAAAGAAGAGCUGAAGAAACCCUGGCGUGGACCAUCAUCUGCUGGCAUGCAGUGCGCUGCGUGCGGUACUCGCGUGUUCGCAGCAGAGGGCGUAGUUGCAGACGGUCUGCACCUGCACCGGGCCUGCUUCCGAUGCGCAGUUUGCAAGACUGUGCUGAGGCCUGGUAACUACACAAUGGAGCGGUAUGGCAGCAGAUUGGUCUGUCUUCGCCACUCAGGAGUGAGUGUGCCUGAUUCUAUAGUGUCGAGGGUGUUAUCGGAGCCGUCACCCGCCCGAGGCGACGCACCCAUGUCCACGCCUGAACGCAUCAGCCUCGAGCUCUCUGACGGCGGCGCGAGAGAGAUCGACGAGGACGAAUGGACCGACAGAAACUUCCUCGCUUCUGAAACAUCUGGAGCCGGAGGACUUAGUGAUGAGGAAGAGUCAAGUUCAGAUGAGUAUACGGACGCCGGUGAUAGUGAUAACGAUGCAGAACAUUCACCGCAGCCGGUUGUUGCGGAGGCACGACCGCUGCAAUCCAAUCUCUACUUCUCCGAUGAUUCUUUUGGAUAUGAUGAUUACUCGGAUGAUGGCGCGGAAUCAUCUGGUAACGAGUCAUGUUCCCGGAUGCGCGCUGCUCGCGAGGCUCGACGACGCGAGGUGCCUGCAGAAGCGCGGCCGCCCACUGACAGCAGCGAGGUGGAGUCCGAAGAGGAAAGCGAAAGUAGUGAUGAAGAAGUGUCGUCUGCGACUGAAGUAUCAACGGACAGCGAGUUCGCUCGGGAAGAAUGUGCGCCGAUGUGUGCGACGUCUCCACCUGCCAUCUUGGUGACUGAGGCGACGCCUCCAGCACCCGUCGCGCCACCGAACCCACCAGAGUAUCCGCUUAGCAGGACUCGUUCAGCUGGCGGCCUGGCAACUAAACGAGCUCUUGAGUUAAAAAGAAAAUAUCUUCUAGGCGAACCCUCCCCUCCUACUGUCAGAAAAUCAGACUCCACCUCACAGUUAGAUACCAAAUUGGAAGCAUUUAGAUCUACUAUAACAGAAUUUCAAAAGUUAUUACAUCCUGCACCAGCUCAACCCCAAAAACCUAUUGUUACGUUUCAGUUAAAUUCAGAAGAAAAAAAAGUGCAGCCUAUGCCUGACAUAAUUAAAAACUUAUGCACUGAUGCCCCUGUAGACUUAUUAACAAAAGGUGAUUCACCGCUAUGUAAGGAUGAUUGGAGAGAACCUAUUAAAGAGGAUAGAAAAGAGCCAGAUAUUGAAUCAGAUUCUCUCUCUGAUGAUGAUUCAUCACAUACCGAAACUAUACCUAAUCAAUCCGUUCCCAGAGUUGAGGUCCAUGACGAAGGUGGAGAAUUGAUUCAAUUAGAUAGUUUAAUGAUCAUCAAUAGUAUUGAUGAUGAUAACGAUGAAAAAGCUUCCGGGAUAGCUACGGUAACAGGACCUACUGUUGUUGCUGUAGACUCAGAAUCUUCAGAAUCCUGCAGGGAUGCGACAACACUAGCUUUAACUGAAACAGAGCUAUCUGAUUGGGCUGCUGAAAGUGCUGUCUUAGAUGAUUGUGGUUUUGAUGAGAAGGAAGACAGAAAAAGAAGUAAAAAUCCUAGAAGUCUCAGUGGACCGAAGUUAGUGCACGAAACCAAAAAUAUAUCUGCUAUACAGUCACAUGUCUGUGGAAGGACUAGUCCCACAGAACCGAUCGUAUUUUCGAAUGCCCUAGAACAUUUUGAGUUUGCUGAUGAAGGAGAUCAGGAUCCAUCUAUUGAGACACCCGUAACUCCUCGCAAUGAAGGCUAUAUGGAAUUAAUUGAUGAUGAAUACGAUCCUUAUUUUCCUACUAACGAUCGGUCAAUGAAUUUUAUAGAAAGAAGCUUUUCCGAAACAACUAUUAAACCAAACGAUACAAAUAAUGAAUAUGAAGAAAAAGAAGUCGAAAAUGAUUUUUCGGAAGUAAUAAAAUAUAUCGAUGAUCAAGAUUCUAAAACUGAUAGUUUGUCUAAAGAGGAAAUAUUGAUAGCGCCGAAUGUUGAGCCAAAGGCUAAUGAUUCUUUUGAAAAAUCGAAUAGUAGUAGUGACAAAAAAGAUGAUUCUUUAUUUCGCGUAACAGAAGAAAUUACAGAUAAUCAAGAUACAAAUAAAAGUGACGGCUUGAUAAUAAGUGGCAGCUUGUCGGAUAUUUCGCCACCUUUGGAAGAUGACAAUGAAAGUAAACAUGAUAGUAAUAAAUUAGAUAUUGAAAUAUCUCUUGAAGACAUUUCACCUUCUCUAGCAACUGAAAAGUCUAAAUCUCAAAGUAGCAUUGCUUAUACAUCUAAAAAGCCCAUUACAUUUGCUAGUCCUUGUAGUAUAAGAAUUUAUGCUCCCGCAAUCUGUAGAUCCGCUAGUGAAACUUUUAGCAGACCAAAUGUACUGGGAACAAAUUCACCAAUACGAACUGUCGAUUGGUCCUGUCACGUAAGUUCAGACUCAAUGUCUACUACGAGUCCGAUGCCUAUACGAGACACCAUCGAUAAAGUGCAAGAGAUUAAAAAAGAAAGAGAGGAACAGACUGAAGUGGUGAGACGACUUGUGUUGGAGAGAUUGGGUAAUGGUCAGCGAGCAAAUAGGAAGUCAACGCGUAAGACUAAGGCUUCACCGCUGAGCAACGUACCACCACCGGUGCCGCCACCACCAAUUUUGACCGCGCCUCCCUCACCACCCGCACCACCCUCGCCUCCUGUUCCCGUUUUGCCGCCGCCGCCGCUGCGACCCGCACCUCCACUAAUGACUCUACCCGUCACAUCCUCGUUUUCUGACCCCGACUUAGCGCACGAGAGGAGGAGAAAAGGUAUCAUAAGGAGCAUUUCCAAUUACUUGAACAGGCGGCUGGGACCUCGCCAAAAGUGUGUCUCGGAGCCGGACCUGACGACGCACGUUUCGCAACGACAUCGUAUUCGCGAAGCUCAUAAGUCAACAGGCGCGCUUCAAGAAGCGCCUCCCGUGCCUCCUCCACCUGUCAGCUACACGCCACCCGACGUCUCGCUUCCUCCACAGCCACGUCUACCAAGAGCGGCGCGCGGGGGAAGUGUAUGUGUGGACGGGUGCGGGGGCGGCGGGGGGGACGAGGACGAGCGUGACGCGAUGCAGCUAUGGUUCGAGGCUCGCUGGGCGCGGCUGGUGGCGCAAAGACGUGCGCGCGAGGAGUCUCGCGACGACCCCGCCUCGCGCUGUGUGGCCCGCCUACAGCGGCGACUCGCGCGACCCCUGUCCGCGGAACAGCAAGCGGCGACAGUAGCCGAGCUAGUGCAAGUAUCGGCCCAACGUCAGGCGCAUCAAGCGUUAAUGGAAGCGGAUAGAAGACGUACCGGUGCUAGCAACAGGGUUGGCGAUUAAAUUUCCUUUUUCUUAUUUUAUAUAACUUCUUAUCUUUAUUACUAUUUAUUAAGUCGUUACGCUUCAUAAUCAAUGUAUUAUUAUAAGGUUGAAAAUUGUAUUCGAUCACAUCACAUUUUGUUGGUAUUAUAUUAAUUAUAAACAAUUAUUUUAUAUUAUCACAGAAGCAUAUUUCAAGUAAUAAAAUUUAUACAAAUUAUUUGAUAGGCGAAACAUCUCAAAUUUCAGUUCAAGUUAAAAUAAAUAUAUUGUUAGUUAAACUAAUGAAGGUCAACACAAAUUACAGGAUUUUAAGUAAAGUCUCUCGUUAUUUUGAAACAUGUAUUGAUUCCUUAGACAGCUGGAUUAUAUUAAGAUGGUGUUAAUUAAAAACAAACAAAAACUAAAUAUUGCCUUAAAGCUGAUACUUCAGCGUAAAAUUCUAAUAAACGUGUCUUCUCGAAACAGCUCUCAUAUUAGAUGUUAAAACAUGUUGUAUAGAUUAUAUUUUUGUACGGGACAAUUUUCCAAAUUUAUUUUUCACCACGUUGAUAAGAUGUCAGACGUCAAUGUAACACGCAGCGUUUUAUGCGUGAGAAGUCGGAUAAAUAUUAUGAUUUUUUUUUUAUAGAGAUAGUGUAACAUGGUAUAUACGAAGGCUGUGAAGGAAAAAGGACGUUAAUACCAGUUCCUAGACGUUAUGGGAAGUUAAAAAAUAUAAACAAAAUUUGUAUUCCACUUUUACCGUUUUGCCGAGGAGCGGUCGUUAAUGAUUUUAUAUCAUCAAUAUAGAACGAUGUCGCUUUCUUACACCUUUUUAUAACAAUAAUGUAUAAAGAUUUUCUAAGAAAUUAUUUAGUAAUGGAAUGCUAAAGUUAUAUACAUUACGCCAGCUCUCUAGCAGAUACUACAAUAAGUUACGUCGUAUAAUUAUUCAUUAGAGCAAAUGCUUUAAUUACAUAUGCAUAUAAAUUUAUAUAAAACAGUUUGAAAUCAAAGGUUUAAUUUACAUCGAUUGCGUAACCGGUAACAAUAGUCGCUAAAUUUGCUAAAUAAAUAUAACGUUAAUUGAAAAAACCCACAAGAUAAAAAAAUGGCUAUAAUUUUCAUGUUAACUGUCUUCGUGUAUUAGCUUUACUUGUAUUUUAACAAGUUUAUAUGUAUUUAGAGGAUUGACUCCUCGAUAGAGCUUUAGGGGACAUUUUGAACGUACGAUGACGCGAGUCGGUAACUGAGAAAUCGUCCCGCUAUUAGAUGUAAACGGUGUGCUAGAUAUGCCAAAUGAUUAUAUCAAAUUAUAUUGAAUAGUUAAUAUAGUUCUAUUAAAUAAAUCAAACAAAUAUACAUAUAGUACAUUUUCAUCAUUCAUCUAGGAAGUAAUUCGCCAAGAGCAUUUCGAUAGAAACAUACAUACAUUACAUCAGUGAUACGUCGACCACAAUUGCAGUGGGCACAUUGAGUGCUUUUAAUAAAACGCGAUACGGUCUCAUUCAAGAUAACAAAUACGACGUGAGAUAUAUUCAAAGGUCUGUAAACGUAAACACGAACUGUCUUUGGUCGGAACGAAAUCGAUGCUGUGCCCUAAGUAAUGUACGCUGACCGAUAAAUCCUUAUUUACGUUAAAUGCGAAUGCUCUUGAUGUAUUGGUUCCCUAAUACACAAAUAACUGUAUGGAUUAAUUAAUCAGAUUCUGUUCUGCCUUAGACUGAAAAUGUAAAUGAUUACUCGUCUAACAGAGGUUGUAAUUGUAUAAGUUAAAGUGAAGUGUUUUUCUUUGAUUACAAAAUAAUGAAUACCAGUUAUUAUUUCAUGAAAAUCGUUUUGAAUUUCUUGUCACUCGUAAUCGAUAGAAGAAUGUGAAAAUUCGAUAUAUUAUAUUAAGAUGAAUAAAAUAUUAUUAAUAAUAUUCAAUAUCAUUUUAAUACAUUUUUUUUUUCUUAAAUUAAUAAACAAACUUUACGUGAACACGGAAUUGCGAGUGUAAUUAUAUUUCUAUAUGGAAAUGAAGAUAAAGUCGAUCAAGCAUUAUUUUUUUAAGAACUUUAUUAUUUUUAUUUUAUUUUUUAUUUUUAGUAUAUUAUAGUAACAGUAAGUAGUAUAAUGACUUGCACACAAGGCUAAAACACACGCGUUGCUUGCAAUAAUGCUUCCUGUGCUAAGUGUAUUAAAAUGUUUUAGAUAUAAGUGAAUUAAUGCAGAUGAUCGUAUUUUUAUAUAGAGGCAAACGACAGAAGGAACAAAAUAUAUUUAUCGUGAAUUAUUAUAUAUCGUCGUCGUUGUGUAAAGUUAAAAGUAUUACAUGAACAGUAUAUAAUGUCCAGGUAGUAAAGAUGCCUACAAAAAUACAAAAUGAUUUAGCUUUAUUUUAUAUAUUGAGUCCCAUUUAUAGCAUAGAAAACCAGAGAAUCAUUAAUUAUUUCUUUCAAUUGUUAUUCUUGUGUAAAAUAAUUUGUGGUUUGAUGCUAAACGUUUGUUUUGAAUAUCUUGGAACCCAGAAAACCAGUAUUAAAGAUUUAAGAAUAUUUCAGUGAAUUUCCUGCUAAUAUGUCUAUUACUGAUUUGUUUAUUUUGUAUUAGUUAUUACUGUCACUAAUGACAUAGUGAAAUGUCCAAUAUGUAAUAAUGAUAAUGGAAUCAUAUCGGCCUGUUUGGUUUAAAUUAAUUUUUUAUUAAUAUGAACUAAACAAUAAAUACUUUGAGACGUUAAAUAUAUAGUACAUACAUUCAUGUUCUGUUGUGUUUUAUGUCAGAGUAUGUAUUCCGUAGAUCUAAAUAAUAAUUGUUAAAUUUGCCUCAAAACCAGGCCGUCCCGAAGAGAUUUAUUUAUUAUUAACUUUCAUUUUUGAAUUAAUAAGACCAUGAAAGUUUGUCAUCCACAAGUAAUAUUUAGGUAUUGUAACGACAUUUUGUUCUCAAAUAAUGUCGCUCAUAUUUGUGACAUUAGUAAUUAGUCAUAACCAAGUUAACACUAAUACAUUACUUUAUUUAUGGAAUUUAUUAGCGAGUUUUAUACUUUUUCUUGUUUUAUAUCCAAACUGUUGAUAUUCAGAUUAUAGUUUUUUUUUUUUUUAUAAAUUAGGUUAUCG